AUGGUAGAACAGACAGGGACGGCGGCGGCGGCGUGCUGUCCUCGUCAACCAGAAAAACCAUUACUCCUACCGGAGCAACCGCUCCUAUACGCCGGAGAUCUAUUGUGGCUUAUCGGUACUCCGACGGCUCAAAAAAGACGAUUCAAGUUCUGGCAGAGAACUCUAGAACGAGUAAAAAGUCUCCGGUGGAUCUUGGUAAACUCCUUCAAAGACGAAUAUGAACGUGAAUUCAUUAACAAAGACAAUAACAAUCAAAACCCUAAAAUUCUUUACGUUGGUCCAUCACAUAACCAAGCAGCAACAAGUGAUACAACUUUGACCAAGAACCCUAGUUUCUGGGAAGAAGACAGAUCUUGUCUUGGUUGGCUACAAGAACAGAAACCAAACUCAGUUAUUUACAUCUCAUUUGGAAGCUGGGUUUCUCCAAUAGGAGAAUCAAAGAUUAGAAAGUUGGCAUUAGCGUUGGAAGCGUCAGGAAGACCUUUCAUUUGGGCAUCAAACCGGGUUUGGCAGGAGGGACUGCCACCAGGGUUCGUCCAUAGAGUCAAGAACCAAGGAAGGAUCGUGCCAUGGGCCCCGCAGAUUGAAGUUCUUAAAAACGACUCAGUUGGUUGUUACCUGACUCAUUGUGGCUGGAACUCAACCAUGGAGGCGGUGGCAAGUUGUCGGAGGCUAGUGUGUUAUCCCGUAGCCGGUGACCAGUUUGUGAACUCUAGAUACAUUGUGGAUGUGUGGAAGAUCGGGGUGAGAAUAAGCGGUUUUGGAGAGAAAGAGGUUGAGGAUGGGUUGAGAAAAGUAAUGGAGGAUGAAGAGAUGGGUGAGAGAUUGAAGAAGUUGAGAGAUAAAGCAAUGGGGAAUGAAGUUCGUUUGUGUUUGGAUAAUAGUUUUACCAUUUUCAAGGAUGAUAUUUGUGGAUACAGUAUUUGA